GCGGAGGGGCGGGCUAGGAGGCCGGCGGUGACCCCUCCUCAGGCCUGCGGCUCCCCACGUCCACGCGGAGAGGCCGGGCAGUAAAGAAUGCUGAUGGGAGAACUAUUUCCCUGAUUUUCAGAGUGUUGAGCUGGUUGCCAUGAUGGAUGAUCAACAAGCUUUGAACUCAAUCAUGCAAGAUUUGGCUGUUCUUCAUAAGGCCAGCCGACCAGCAUUAUCCUUACAGGAAACCAGAAAAACAAAAUCUUUGUCACCAAAAAAGCAGAAUGAUGUACGAGUCAAAUUUGAACACAGAGGAGAAAAAAGAAUCCUUCAGUUCCCCAGACCAGUUAAACUGGAAGAUCUGAGGUCUAAAGCUAAAACUGCCUUUGGACAAUCUAUGGAUCUACAUUAUACCAACAAUGAGUUGGUAAUUCCAUUAACUACCCAGGAUGACUUGGACAAAGCUGUGGAACUGCUGGAUCGUAGUAUUCAUAUGAAGAGCCUCAAGAUAUUACUUGUAAUAAAUGGAAGUAUACAGGCUACUAAUUUAGAACCAUUGCCAUCACUAGAAGAUUUAGAUAACACAGUAUUUGGAGCAGAGAGGAAAAAACGGCUCUCUAUAAUAGGUCCCACUGGUAGAGAUCGAAGCUCCCCUCCCCCAGGAUACAUUCCAGAUGAAUUACACCAGGUUGCCCGGAAUGGGUCAUUCACCAGUAUCAAUAGUGAAGGAGAGUUCAUUCCAGAGAGCAUGGACCAAAUGCUGGACCCGUUAUCUUUAAGCAGCCCUGAAAAUUCUGGCUCAGGAAGUUGUCCAUCACUCGAUAGUCCUUUGGAUGGAGAAAGCUAUCCAAAAUCACGAAUGCCUAGGGCACAGAGCUACCCAGAUAAUCAUCAGGAAUUUUCAGACUGUGAUAACCCUAUCUUUGAGAAAUUUGGAAAAGGAGGAACAUAUCCAAGAAGGUAUCAUGUUUCAUAUCAUCAUCAAGAGUAUAAUGAUGGUCGUAAAACUUUUCCAAGAGCUAGAAGGACCCAGGGGACCAGCUUCCGGUCUCCUGUGAGUUUUAGUCCUACUGAUCACUCCUUAAGCACUAGUAGUGGAAGCAGUAUCUUUACCCCAGAGUAUGAUGAUAGUCGAAUAAGAAGAAGGGGAAGUGACAUAGACAAUCCUACUUUGACUGUAAUGGACAUCAGCCCACCCAGCCGCUCACCUCGUGCUCCAACCAACUGGAGAUUGGGCAAACUGCUAGGCCAGGGAGCCUUUGGCAGAGUCUACCUCUGUUAUGAUGUCGAUACAGGAAGAGAGCUGGCUGUUAAGCAAGUUCAGUUUGACCCUGAUAGCCCUGAGACCAGUAAGGAAGUAAAUGCACUUGAGUGUGAAAUUCAGUUGUUGAAAAACUUGCUGCAUGAACGAAUUGUUCAAUAUUAUGGCUGUUUGAGGGAUUCCCAGGAAAAAACACUUUCCAUAUUUAUGGAAUAUAUGCCAGGGGGCUCAAUUAAGGACCAAUUAAAAGCAUAUGGAGCUCUUACUGAGAAUGUGACUAGGAAAUACACUCGUCAGAUUCUAGAGGGUGUCCAUUAUUUGCACAGUAAUAUGAUUGUUCAUAGAGAUAUCAAAGGGGCAAAUAUUCUGCGAGAUUCAACAGGCAAUGUCAAAUUAGGAGAUUUUGGGGCCAGCAAACGGCUUCAAACCAUCUGUCUUUCGGGUACAGGAAUGAAGUCUGUCACAGGCACACCAUACUGGAUGAGCCCUGAAGUGAUUAGUGGAGAAGGCUAUGGCAGAAAAGCAGAUAUCUGGAGUGUGGGCUGUACUGUGGUAGAAAUGUUAACCGAAAAGCCUCCUUGGGCGGAAUUUGAAGCAAUGGCUGCCAUCUUUAAAAUCGCCACUCAGCCAACCAAUCCAAAGCUGCCACCUCAUGUCUCAGACUAUACUCGAGAUUUCCUCAAACGGAUCUUUGUAGAGGUCAAACUGAGACCUUCAGCUGAUGAACUCUUAAGGCACAUGUUUGUGCACUAUCACUAGCAGCCAGUAACCUCUCCUGUGCCUCUACCUAGCUCCCACCUAUUCAUUCACCUUCUCUCUGACUGCACUUUCUUUUAUAUAAAAAAGAGAGAUGGGGGAGAAAAAAAAGACAAGAGUGAAAGAGUUUCUCUUGAUUCUUGGUUAAAUUUGCCUAAUAAUAAUAGUAACCUAAAUUUUUUAUAUUUAAUCUUUUUUUUUCCUUACAAGAACUUGAAACUUUUUUUUAAAAUUUUUAUAAUGUACUGAUGUGGUUCAGAGAGAUAAAGCACUUUAGUACAUAGUCACUCUUUUUAGUACAAACAAAUCAUUUGGAAUACCUAAAGAUUGUAGUCUCCCUGUGUCACUGACAGAUUGGUGGUGAUGGGGAGACAUGGAAAACAAGGAGAAAAUUAUGUAUAAUUUGUAGUUUUUAGUGAUAGUAUUUAAAAUAGAUCCUCAUUUGUGGGGUUGAGCCCUAAACUUCAGUUUAGGGUAGGUACUCAACUUAAAGAAUAUAGAUUCCUUCCUUUAUCUGUAUUCUUUAGAAUCCAAACCUCUGUUUACCAAGCUUUUUGCUCAGUAGGAAUCUUGAUAGAAAAUAUGAAUCUCUAAGAGGUAUGUUUAUUUGUUAAUCCUAACCAGUAUAAUAAGCAAAUACACUAUAAAAGAUCCAUGUUACUGGAAUCUGUAAACCUUGAGGGAUAGCUUUCUGUUUUUUGUUUUGUUUUGUUUUGUUUUUGUUUUUUAAGGAUACUAUUUUAUUUUAAAACAGAUAUGGAAAGACAGUGAGCAAGUCCAAAUUAAAAGACAAAAGGAGGUUGCUCUAAUAUAUGAAAGAAGAGACCACAUUUGCCAGUCAAUAGAAAUAAUGCAAAGAACUAAGUACUAUUUAGUAUAUUUUAAACUAUAUUCUUUACCUGAGGGAGACAGUCCCAAAAUUAAGGGAAAGGAGAAGUAAUCAGAAUAAUGCUAUAUCUUCCUAUUUCUGGAUCCCGAUUCUCAUAGAUAACAUUUUUUUAGGAACUAAGAGUUGAACCUAGAGUAUCCAUAAAACUAGUGUCAUGAGAUAAAACCCUUGUUCUUGGGAUCACAAAAUACUAAAGUCCCUCAAAAAAUAGCUGUCAUGAAAAACAGUGGUUCUCAAGAGGGGGACUGAUUUCUCUUGUCAUUUGGCAAUUACCAGAGACAUUUUUGGCUGUCACAAUUGCGAGGAUGCUAGUGGUAUCUAGUGAGUAGAAGCCAGGGAUGCUGCUAAACAAACUACAGUAUACAAGGACAGCACCUCCUACCCCCAACAAAUAAUUAUCCUGUCCCAAAUGUCAAAAAUGCCAAAGCUGAGAAACCCUGUUGUAAAACUAGCCCGUUAUAAGCUGAUAACUUGCAAAAAGUAAAUUUCAGAGAGAAAGUGAUAUAAUGCAUAAUGAGGGUUUUACAAGAGCAGAUACCACUACUUCAAGUCAAGUAAAUGAUCUCAACAGCAGAUAGCAAUCUGAUCCUUAUCAGCUGCAUGUUACACCCAAACCAGUAAAUUCCAUUUUAGAAAGAAAAUGAAUUUAAACAUGGAGCUUAUUGAACUCGGCCAUUUGUAUAUAUUCUUACCUCAAAAGUCAAUUUAUAAUUGCAGGAAAAGAAAAGCAUAUCAAAACAAAGUAUUAAGUACUUUAUUAGAAGGUUAAAAAACUGCCAGGUAUUUCUAGUGUAUUGUAUCCACUAAGAGCAAGGACAUUAAAUGGAAGAGACAGCUAGUUGAAUUCCACUGUCUCUAAUGGACUUGUGCUACUGAAAAACAUGAAUGAUAUCGGUAAUUUGGCCACUUGCAUUUUUUUUUUUUAAGUAUAUUAAAGCAAGUGCUAAGUAAUUUAUUUUAAGAUCUAAAAAAUAGUAAUCUUCCUGGAGGCCCUAAGUGUGAUGCCUUUCAUGGAAUUCAUAGGGGGCUCAGGUAUUUUCUUUUCUGCCAAACAGUAUACUCCUUAGGGACUCUUUUAAAACACUGUUUCUGAUGUUAGGUAGGUCUUGGUUCACAGUGCCAAGGUCCUAUCUGGCAUUCCUUGUAGGAAAUAUGAAAUUCCACUAUCUGGCCUGAGAAAUCAAUGCCCAGAUAUACUUGUCAAGGCUUCUCCCAUACCCUUAUAAUCAAAGGAAGCAAUUCACCAGGAAGAAUAGGAAUUAGUGGCCCCCUCCCCCUGGAAAAUCAACUGUCAAAUCUUGUGCUGUAUACAUAGUCCCCAAGGAUAUGGAUCUAUUAUAAUUUGUUUUUUAUGAGUGAAAGCAUCUCUUCUACUUGAGCAAGAUUAUAGUAUCUGGACCAGUGGGCUUUUCAUUUGUUUCUUUGUCUUGUGCAGUUAUGAUUUCCUUUUGGCCUAUUUUUAGUCUGUCAGGGUAACCAGCAGUGCACAAUAUGAGACAGAUGCUCGUUAGAGGGAAAUCUUGGGAGACUAUGAAACCCAAAGCAAAAUUGUUUGCUUUUUUUUUAGUCUCUCUUCUUUUUAAAUGCUAUGGAAAAUAAAAUCAUCUGAAAAGAAACUACUACUUUAACACUGCUGCAGAAGACCUUUGUUUUAUAAGAAAUAUUAUUAGCUAUGGGAAAAUAUUGUUCUUUAUGUAAAGACUUAAAAAUAGACUAAUAGUUUACAGAGUUACUAUAUAAAAUGUGAUGUGAAUUUAUUUCAGACAAGUUGUAAUGGUACCAAAAACCACAAUAAAAGUUAAUAUAUAUAAAAGCUACUAGAACAAAAAAGCUUGAAGUGGGGAGGUAUGGAAGACCAAAAGUAAAUUUAAAAAAUAAAAUUCUGAAAGAAAACACCUCUAUCAGGGGAAGUUAGAUAUAACACUCCAAUUUUUUCUUUCUAAUAAUGAUAUGGAUCAACAAAUGAAAUUUGAACUUUUUAAGAUGACUCUAAAUGUGUUUUAUUUUUUAAAUGCACAACUGAUUCUUCUAUACUGUAAUGUUUCUUUGCUGAGGCUGGAAAAUGGCCAGACUGCUGACUUUGUGCCUUUAAAAUGCAUUCUGCUUUGAUUGUGGCAGACUUUUUGGUGCUGGAGAAGAUUCACUAGCAGUCUUACAUGUGCUUUUCAGGAAAUCUCUUUCUACUUAGGCCUUGAGAGAUUCAAAAUGGUAUGAUUUAAGUUGGGCCAAAUAUAAGAUCUUUUACAUUGCGAACAAAGUGUAUUGAAUAAAAGGGUUGAAAAAUAUAAUGACUAAUGGAAAAUUUGAUGGUUGAUAAUUAUUUAAAAUGUAUUUAAAAUAUACAGACUUUGAAAUUUUCAAUGUGAAUAUUUUCAAAAUUUUUCAGUUUUCCUCAUUUACAAAAGCAUGUUUCUGACUUGAAAAAUGUUAAAGACUGUUGCCUUAGAAAGUUUUCAAAGGCAUAGUCAACCUUACAUAUUUAUACAAGAUAUUGAAAUUCACAGGCUGAACUAUAAAAAAAAUUUAAACUUAUUUUAGAGUAAAUUGAAUUGGCUUUCACUUGAGAGUCUUUAUCUUAUUCUCAAUAGAAACUACAUUAGAAAGGUGAAAUUAUUUAUUUAGAGUAGCUUUCUGAUGCUUCACUUCUUACAUAUGUCAGGUCUUGUCUGUAGUAUUUCUGAGAUGGAGUUGUUAAAACAUACGUGAAGUCAUUAAGAAAAUAAAAUUUGAAUAGUUUAUAGGGAUGAUCAAGCUUGAGUGCAAAAGCUAAGAUGUUUGCCAGAUACAAACCCCUUGGCCUAUGGCAGAGUUCUGUGCCAAUUAUUUCAUUUGGGUUCUCAGGACCAGUAGCUUGAUAUAAAAUCACCUGGUGUCAAUCAAGUAUAGUAAUAUAUCAAUUUUAAAAAAAUAGAUGAAUCUUUUUCAUUUGCUUAUUCAAUAAUUGUGGCUUAUUGUGUCAGGUACUAAAGGGAGGUCACAGUCUAGGAGGAAACAUGGGCAUACCCUAACUCUGAAAGUAAAGCAAUGAUGUUUUAAAAUAUUAUUUUUAUAAUGUAAGGGGAACGCAGUUUGGGGGUAAUCAUUGGCUGUUUUAAACUAAAAUGUCAUUAACAACAGAGAUUAAAAGUAUCCCCAAAUUAGAGGGACCUCCGUAGAUCAGGCAGCCUCUCUCUCUCAGGACUCCCUCUUACAAAAUCAAGCCUCUGCUCAAACAGUUUCAGUGUUUUUUUUCCUGCUGUUUCUUUUAAAGGAAAAAAUAUUUUCUUUAGGUCUAAAUUGUUAAACUGCCCAAACCACUUGAUAGAAAUUGAAUUCUGUCGGUAGUGUUAGAUCAGUACAAUUUCUUGAGACCAGACUGUUUUAUAUUGUUUGACCUUUGUUACAAAUAUAAUUAAUGUUCAUAUUUAUUUGAAUUUUAAGGUUGGUUAAAUGUUAACGAAAAUCAAUUUAAUGAUUAA